AUGUGGGCAACAGGCACAAUCGUGUGCUCUCCAAUUUACCGAAUUUUUUCAACUUGCUGUCCAUUACGACGAGCCAACGCAACACAUAAAUAUCAGAAUGGGCAUGUGCAUACGGCAAAAACUAUUAGCCCACUGGGACUACCUCAAUUUUCAGCCAAGACGAUCUCUGUCCAACCGAAAGCUGAAGAUCUAGAAGCACCUUUCAAUUACGGAGACAUCACAUUUCGGCUGGACUAUGACUUUGCUCAGAGCAAGUUGGCUGUGACUGUUGUUGAAGCUUGUCGUCUGCCAGCUAUGGAUCGCAAUGGAAUGUCUGAUCCUUAUGUCAAAUUAUCAAUAUUACCGGAUAGAAAACAGAAAUAUGAAACAAAAAUUAUUCGGAAUACACUGAAUCCGUCAUACAACGAGACGUUCCUAUUCAAUAUACCUUUCAAUGAGCUACAAUCGAAAACUCUUCAAUUUGUUGUAUAUGAUUAUGAUCGAUUAUCAAAAGAUGAUAAGAUGGGACAAUUAGCUGUUCCAUUGGAUUCCAUUGAUUUUGGUACAACAACAGAUCUGACACGUGCUUUGAGCAAGCCCGACAAUGACGAUGACAAGGAAUCUCGGUUAGGAGAUAUCUGCUUCUCUACGCGAUACCGUCCAGCUACCGGCACACUCACACUCACUAUCAUGGAAGCUCGAAAUUUGAAGAAAAUGGAUCUUGGUGGUACAUCUGAUCCAUAUGUCAAAAUCUACUUGUACCAUGGAAGGAAGUUGUUGAGUAAAAAGAAAACAUCGAGAAAAUAUAAAACUUUGAAUCCUUAUUACAACGAAAGCUUUCAAUUCAAGAUUGAACCUUCCAUGAUGGAUAGAAUUCAUAUAUUAAUUUCUGUAUGGGAUUAUGAUAAAAUGAGUAAAAAUGAUUUUAUUGGCGAGGUUACAUUAGCUUCAGUUGAAUUGUCCAGCUUAACACAGGUUACUCAUGCUUGUCAUGAACAAUGGGCUGAAAUGAUGACAUCCAGAAGACCGGUUGUCCAAUGGCAUACUCUUCAGGAACGGAUGGAGAAGGAGAAAGAUAAAGACAAAGAAUAA